UGGCUCUGCCCGAAGGACCUCAUCGGCCGCCCAUGCCGAGCUGAGUCCGCGAAGUCCCGGCCGCUUGCAGUCGCCGUCCGCCGCCGUCUCUGCCGCCUCUGCGGCCUGCCGCCCGCCGGGAUGCUGGAGGAAGCGGGCGAGGUGCUGGAGAACGUGCUGAAGGCGUCCUGCCUGCCGCUCGGCUUCAUCGUCUUCCUGCCCGCCGUGCUGCUGCUCGUGGCGCCGCCGCUGCCCGCUGCCGACGCCGCGCACGAGUUCACCGUGUACCGCAUGCAGCAGUACGACCUGCAGGGCCAGCCGUACGGCACACGGAACGCAGUGCUCAACACGGAGGCGCGCACAGUGGACGCCGACGUGCUGAGCCGCCGCUGCGUGCUUAUGCGGCUUCUGGACUUCUCCUACGAGCACUACCAGAAGGCCUUGCGACAGUCGGCGGGCGCCGUGGUCAUCAUCCUGCCCCGGGCCAUGGCCGCCGUGCCCCAGGACGUUGUCCGGCAAUUCAUGGAGAUCGAGCCUGAGAUGCUGGCCAUGGAGACUGUGGUGCCCGUGUACUUCGCUGUGGAGGACGAGGCCCUGCUGUCCAUCUACGAGCAGACCCAGGCCGCCUCCGCCUCCCAGGGCUCCGCCUCUGCUGCUGAAGUGCUGCUGCACACGGCCACGGCCAACGGUUUCCAGAUGGUGACCAGCGGAGCCCAGAGCCAGGCGGUGAGCGACUGGCUGAUCACCAGCGUGGAGGGGCGGCUGACAGGGCUGGGGGGUGAGGAUCUCCCCACCAUUGUCAUCGUGGCUCACUAUGAUGCCUUUGGGGUGGCCCCGUGGCUGUCCCUGGGCGCGGACUCGAACGGCAGCGGGAUCUCGGUGCUGCUGGAGCUGGCUCGUCUCUUCUCACGCCUCUACACCUACAAGCGCACACACGCAGCGUACAACCUCCUGUUCUUCGCGUCAGGAGGGGGCAAGUUCAACUACCAGGGCACCAAGCGCUGGCUGGAGGACAGCCUGGACCACACAGACUCCAGCCUGCUGCAGGAUAACGUGGCCUUCGUGCUGUGCCUGGACACCGUGGGCCGAGGCAGCCACCUGCGCCUGCACGUGUCCAAGCCUCCUCGGGAGGGCACGCUGCAGCACGCCUUCCUGCGGGAGCUGGAGACGGUAGCCGCGCACCAGUUUCCCGACGUCAGCUUCUCCAUGGUGCACAAGAAGAUCAACUUGGCCGACGACGUGCUGGCCUGGGAGCACGAGCGCUUCGCCAUCCGCAGGCUGCCCGCCUUCACCCUGUCGCACCUGGAGAGCCACCGCGCAGGGCCGCGCAGCAGCAUCAUGGACGUGCGGUCCCGGGUGGACUCCAAGACGCUGACGAGGAACACGCGGAUCAUUGCUGAGGCCCUGACACGGGUCAUCUACAACCUGACAGAGAAGGGGACGCCCCCAGACAUGCCGGUGUUCACGGAGCAGAUGCAGGUCCAGCAGGAGCAGCUAGACUCCGUCAUGGACUGGCUCACCAACCAGCCGCGGGCCGCCCAGCUGCUGGACAAGGACGGGACGUUCCUGAGUACACUGGAGCACUUUCUCAGCCGCUACCUAAAGGACGUGCGGCAGCACCAUGUCAAGGCUGACAAGCGGGACCCCGAGUUUGUCUUCUAUGACCAGCUGAAGCAGGUGAUGAACGCCUACAGGGUCAAGCCAGCCAUCUUUGACCUGCUGCUGGCCGUGUGCAUCGGGGCCUACCUCGGCAUGGCGUACACGGCCGUCCAGCACUUCCACGUGCUGUACAAGACCGUGCAAAGGCUGCUGCUCAAGGCCAAGGCGCAGUGACCACGGCUGUGCAGAGGCCCAGGAGAGACCGGCCCACGCACCCACGUGGCCAGACUGAACCCGAGGGUUGGAUCGGUCACUAGGAUGCAGGGAUGCCUCUGCCCGUCUGUUUCUGAACUUCCUGGAGGAGAGCCCCGCCUGCCCGCAGACGAGCCCACAGGGACACAUUGGUCACCCGGGCCACGUGCACUGAAGGGCCACACGCCAUGCUGGCCUCCCCAGUGGCCGGGUACCAGCAGCCUGUGCCCCCUGCGGCUCUCAGAGGCGUCCACCACCAGGCUGCCUCUCCUGGCGCUGGCCAGUCCCAGACUGUGGCUCCCUGCUGUCCCAGGCUCCCUUCAGACUGUUGUCACCGUGGCCACCGCUGGACCCACCUGGUCCCCCAGCUGGACCUGCCUCACCAUCCCCUCCCCUCCUGCAAGUGUCCCCCACCCUAGUCCAGAUGCUGGUGACAGGGCAGGAGGUGGCCCUGGAGGCAGCCUGCAGCCCUGAGGUCUCCCCCCCUCCCUCUCCCCCCCAGUUUCCCUGCCUGUGAUGCAUUCUGGGGAUCCAGCCCCCCUGUCACAGUGUGGGAUGAAACCGCGAGGCCAGCAUGGCCGUAGGUGCCGCACCAACAGGACAGCCCCGUGGAAGGGAGGGAGGAGGGAGGGAUGUCAGCGCUGGCAGUCGACCUCAGGGACCCCACGGUGAACAGAUUCCAUAGCAAUAUGACCCAGGAGGCGUCGGGCUGAGGCCGCUGGGGCAGCCCUGGUGUCGCUCCAGCCCCUGCUGAGGCCUGGCCCGCCCUGACCUCUGCUCUGCCUCGCAGCGGUGACGGCUGUCACCCCGGCAGCUGCUGUGGGGUGAGAGGGGCCAGCCUGCCACCCUGGCCCCGGCACCCUCGCCCCUCCCCGGACUGCUGGGCUCCAGCCCCGUAAUCUUGUCCUGGCAGCUGGUCACGGGUCUGAGGCCGGUGCCACCCCAUCACUGGAAAAGACGCACAAGGUGCAGGGGCCUCUUCCCUCUGCCUAGACAGGUCUGGGGACGGUGGCUGGGGUCUGCAGUUGGCGGGUUAGAAAAUAAAAGCCAUAUUGAAGGACCGUG